AGGAACUUUUUUCUUCUAUCAAACUAAAGAUCAGAAGACUGAAGAUGACAACGAACAGGAUAAAAAGCAGCGCAGCGGUUUGCGUACCAAACGGACUCACUCAGAAGUCUAAAGAAGUGGAGGAACGGGGCCGCUGGGGGACCAAGGCGGAGUUCAUCCUCACGGUGAUGGGGGCAAUUAUCGGCCCUGGAAAUAUUUGGAGGUUUCCAUACUUGUGCUACAGGAACGGAGGGGGUGUGUUUUUCAUCCCAUACAUCGUGUUCAUACUUACGUGUGGAAUACCCCUGUUCUUUCUUGAGACUGCGUUAGGGCAGUACACCAGCCAGGGGGGGAUCACAUGCUGGAGGAAGAUUUGUCCGCUUUUUCAAGGCAUCGGUUAUGCCAGUCACCUUAUCAUCGCAUUCAGCGCCACUUCAUACAUCAUAAUUCUUGCUUGGGCGUUUUUUUACCUGUUCUCCUCCUUCAGCUCAGACCUGCCAUGGGCUUCAUGUGGGAAUUACUGGAACUCAGACUCAUGCUUCGACAGCCGUCUGAAUCUGAGCCUGGAAUCACGACUGAACACUACGCUCCCCGUUGUAGAGUUCUGGCAACAYCGAGUUCUAAAGAUCUCUGGUGGGAUCGAGGAGGUGGGCGGCCUGAGGUGGGAACUGGCGCUGUGCCUCAUCCUGAGCUGGAUCAUCUGCUACUUCUGUGUCUGGAAAGGAAUCAAGUCAACAGGAAAGGCAGCGUACUUCACAGCCACCUUUCCUUAUGUCAUGCUGUUUAUUCUGCUGAUACGAGGCGUGACCCUCCCAGGAGCUCUGGAUGGGAUCAUUUAUUAUCUCUACCCUGACAUCUCUCGCCUCUCAGAUCCCCAGGUCUGGAUGGAUGCUGGUACUCAGAUCUUCUUCUCCUACGCAAUCGGCCUUGGUUUCCUCACUUCUCUUGGGAGUUAUAACUCCUUCAACAAUAACUGUUACAGGGACUGUUUCUACUUGUGCCUGCUGAACAGCGCCACCAGCGUUGYGGCUGGCUUUGCCAUUUUCUCCGUUUUGGGCUUCAUGACGUUCGAACAAGGCGUGAACAUUUCUGAAGUAGCAACGUCAGGCCCUGGGUUGGCCUUCAUUGUGUAUCCGCGCGCUGUGGCCAUGAUGCCCAUGCCUCAGGUGUGGUCCGUGUGUUUCUUCCUCAUGAUUAUUCUGCUUGGACUAGACAGCCAGUUUGUUGGUAUAGAGUGUGUGAUGACRUCUCUGGUCGAUCAUUUCCCUUCUUACCUGCAUGAAGGCUACAGGCRGGAGCUGCUUCUGCUUCUUAUGUCCUGCAUCUUCUGCAUGUUUGGAUUCCUACUCGUUACUGAGGGUGGGAUUUACCUGCUGCAGCUGUUGGACCACCACGUCUGCAGCGGCUCCACCCUGCUGAUCCUCUCGUUCUGCCAGUCGGUCAGCAUUGGCUGGGUCUAUGGUGCAGAUCGUUUCAACGAUAACAUCAAGGAGAUGAUUGGCUAUCAUCCAUUUCCUUUCAUGAAGUACUGCUGGCAGUACAUCACUCCUCUGGUUUGCUUUGRAACCUUCAUCUUCUCGAUUAUCAAAUAUACUCCACUGAAGUUCAGUAACUCCUACGUUUAUCCGCUAUGGGCAAAUGUCCUGGGAUGGUUUUUUGCCACAGUUUCUCUUUCGCUCAUCCCUCUGUUUGUGCUUUUCAAAUUGAUCARAGGCCGAGGCACACUCCGACAGCGUUUCCUAUCGCUCUGUAAGCCGGUUGCUACCUUGGACCAAAUACACAGYACUUCCACACCGGAGAGCGACAGCAGCGCUCCGCACACAGAGCUCAAACCUCUGACCCAGACGGCCGGACUCACUCAGUUAGAACCARCAAACUGACCGUCUACUAGCAGAGAGAUCCAGGUCUGAAUCACUGAAUGUUCAGACAACAUAAUCCUUCGAACCGAAGCCGGAGAAUGACCCAUCCAGGUCCACCAUCUACCUUCAGCCACCUCUCAAACAAAGUCUAUUUUCUGUAUAUAUUUUCAUAUAUCUAUUUUUACAUCAUUGGAGCUCCUGGGUUUGCUGUAGAUGAACAUGAAGAAUAAAGAUGUAACCAAACAAAGCAAAUUAUAAAGCACAUYAGGUGUAA